CUUGUGUUCUUGCCUCCAUAUUCCCCCGAUCUCAAUCUCAUAGAGAUGGCCUUCGCAAAAGUCAAGUCUGUGCUCCGACGGCACUUCAAUGGGGAAUCCCAUAGUGUCUCGGAUAUCAGUGAUGCUUGCUAUACGAUCACACCGGAGGAUGCAGUGGGAUACUUCAGAGAGGCGGGAUACAUGUAG